AUGCCUGUGCUAACUAUGUUUCCUCUGCACGACACCUUCACCUCCCUUCCCUGCCCACAGUUAUUCACUCAUUUCAUAUCGCAGCUCAAUGCUGCUAUGUACGCGGAAAAUCGCCACAUCGUCGUGCUGCUCGACAACGCUAGCAGUCACAUGCUCAGGAGCGAGCACGCAUGGAGCGAGAUCGUCUGCGGCAUGCGGACGACGUGCAUGAGCAACGUGCGGCUCGUCUUCCUACCGCCGAACACCACCGCAUUCAUUCAGCCACUCGACCACGGCAUCAUCGCCAUCGCCAAGGCCCGCUACCGCCAGCACUGGUUGCGGGCCUUUUCGGCUUUGUGGAACGCCGACGGCGCGACUAGCGCCGUGGCGCGGUACCGCCCGAACUUGUGUGACGUCUUGGGGUGGCUAUCGGCCGCGUGGACCUCCGUCGGCGCGCGCACCAUCCAACGGUGCUGGUGGCGCACGGGGUGUCUUCCGCUCUCGUGGUCCAUGGAUCUGCCACACGUACACGACGACGAACCUAUCCCUCCCGUCUGUCCCGACAUUGAGCUCGACGACGACAUCGACGAUGUCGGUACGCUCAUUAGCGGGCUCGGCCUUGGGACAGGAGCGAUGACGGCCGCCGAGUACGUCGCCAUAGACGAUGGCGAGCCGACGUGCGCCGAAGGCGCUGCGGCACAGCCCACAACGGAGCCGGAGGCGGACAUGGUGGUGGAGCUCUGGGAGGCGCCGACGACCAUGCAGGCCGUCUACGACGACGCUGACCCCGUGGCCCGCGAAGCGCGCCGCACUGCCCGGGCGGCAUGCGAGAUGCUCAUCGGAUAUGCUCGAGCCACCCGCAUCACGCCGCGCGAUCUCUGCCAUCUCUUCGAUAUCCGCAACCCCAUCAUUAUCGCGCGGAUGGAGCGGGCGAGCCCGUCAUUCAACCUCAACGUGACCCCUCUGCCCGUGUCCACCCCCGGCGCAACUCCCACGCCCGAGACCCCUCGUCCGUGCGGCCGUGUGCUGCCUGGCUGGAUGACCCAGCCUUCCCGCCGUCAGCAGCUGCUUGACGCCGGUGUGGGCGCCGUGAUGGACGGGUAUGUGGACGCGGCUGAGUGGAUGCGUCUGGACUACACUGGCGGGUGGGACCCAGCCAACAAGGACUACUGGGCGUCCGUGGUGUGGUCGGUGGUGUACGCGCCGCUGCUCGGCCUUCUCUGGCUGAUCCUGGGCCUCGGGAUUGUCGGAUUCUCGCUGCUCACCUGCCUGUGCUGUCGCGACAAGUGGACCGAAAUGAGGGAUCCCGCAUACGCCAAGUACACCAAGAAGGACCUCUGGGUGCCGCUCGGCUUCAUGCUCCUCGGGAUCGUCGCUGUUCUGGUGGGUUUCUCUGUGAUGGUGGCGGGAGGAGUGCAGCUGCAUAACCGUGUGAGCACAGUGACACAGUACGUGACAGAGCAGGUGGACUUCACGGCCAGUGUGAUCUUCAACCUCUCUAACAUCGUGGAGACGAGCUCCUCUAUCACCGUUGCCAACGCCGUCAUUCCCGCUGAGAAGAAGGCGGACAUUGAGAACAAGGCAAGGGUGGCGAACCAGACCGCCACGGAUCUGCAGGCCAAGACAGCAGAUGGCAUCAACCUCGUCAACAACGGCCUGCGAGUUCUUUCCAUUACCUUCUACGUCAUUGGAUGUGUCAUCACCGCCCUUUGCAUCCUCGCCUUACUGUUUUCUCUUCUCAAAUGGGUCGUGGCAUCCAACAUCAUCAUCACUUUAAUCUGGGUGGUCGUGUUCUUCACUUGGUGCAUGACAGCUGGUCUACUUAUCGCAUACCUGGUGAACGGCGACACAAGCGUCGCCUUGGAGCAGGUGCAGCAGUCGCCCACCGUGAACAGCGCCAUGGACAAAUACCUCCACUGCAUUCCCAGCGAGAAGCUGCUGAACGCCACUCGCUAUGCGCGUUAUACAGCCGCCACUGUGCUGACCACAGCCAACAGCUCUGUGGCCAGCAACGCUCCCAGGUUGUUUGCCUUUCUUCGUGUUCCGGGCGGCAUCUGUGUGCCGUACGGCCCGGCGCCCAAUUUCACGCGCGACACGGACCUCUGUGUUGAAGGCACCAUCCUCUUCCCGCAGUUUGUGAAUAUGCUUAUGAGGACCGCCGGCAGCACUGCUUUGGUGCCCGAGGUGGUGAGGAACGACCUCACAGCCACGGCUCAGACGCUCGCGCUGCUCGAAUCCACAAUUCCCAACGUGCUCAUCCUCGUCGACUGCUCCUAUGUCGCCAACAUUGCCAAGUUUGCAUUAUCCGAGGCACAAGCAAUGGUGACCAACUUCCAGAUGCUGUGGGUUGGCUUCCUGGUCAUCACCAUCGCCUGCAUGAUGCAGGCCCUCUCCAUGCCUAUCUAUGUCUUCCGAGCCGUCAGGCUCGGGGACAAACUCAGUGACGCCGAAGUUGAGGGACUGUACAAGGCUUCAGCUGUUCCAGUCGCAUACCCGGCAGGUGGGGAGGGCGAGGGGCAGAUGCCAAUGAACGAGCCUAGCUUUGCAGAAGGCUCUGACAACUCGUAUGCAGGCGAGAGCGGUGCUGGUUACAAGUAA